AUGACUCUUUACUACAAUUUAGUUUUUGCUUUGUUGGUCCUCGAGUCCCUUGCGUUCGUGGUCCUUAUUCUACCACUUCCUUACGCGUGGCGGCGCGAAAUGUUACGCUGGGUGUCUCAAUCCUCGCUGAUCGCAAGGUCACAAUACGCUUUAAAAUUUGCAUUUGUCUUUGUUUUUAUUCUGUUUAUAGAUACCACAAAUCGUGCAUAUAAUAUGCAACACGAAAAUAAUGAAGAGCACGUCCAUGAUUCACGAACUGAAGCUAAUUAUCACGCCAAGAAAUUUUAUAAUCAACGUAAUAUGUAUCUGACUGGAUUCACGCUCUUUUUAUCCUUGAUUUUGAAUAGAACAUACGUACUUAUAGUGGAACUGUUGAAGAGCGAAGAUCAACUCGAGGCCGUUAAAAAACAGGCUGCUAAUCAGUCGAAAGAGUAUUUACGCCUUAAUGAUUCAGAGAGUCAUUUACAGAAGGAGGUUGAAAAAUUGACCGGUGAAUUAGAAGAAGAAAGGAAAAAGACGAGGGAUCACGAAACUUUGAAAAAACAGGCCAAUCAAGUACAUGAUGAAUAUAUGCGAUUAUCCGAUCGAUAUAAUGAACUGCUAAAGAAAGUUGAAAAUCACGACGAAGAUGACAAAUCUAAAUAG